AUGACCUUUGUAGCUGGCGACGUGCUCUCUCUCCUGCUGCAAUCUUCAGUCAUCGAAUACUUCCAGGGCAAUGGAGGGUCUCUAAUGAGGAGUGAAGCGUUCGUCUACGUCUUCGACGCUACACUCAUGAUCCUCGUCCUCGGUUGGAUGAACUGGUUCCACCCUGGGGAGAUUGGUCUUCUGCUACGGGGUGGACCUGCGGGAAAGAAUGGCUUGGAACUCAUGUAUAAAACAGGGAGGAGCAAGAUUGAUGACCAGUCGAGCGCCUGGAGGGAAGAUGUUUGA